AUUCAAAAACUCCACAGUGUCCGAAUCUGGAAUGGACAAACUAGCUGAAAGUGAUUCUGACGAUGAUCUUCCUAGUGGUUGGGAAGAAAGGGUCACAACAAACGGGAAAGUCUAUUAUGCAAACCAUCAAACUCAAGAAACUCAAUGGGAACAUCCUUACACAGGGAAAAAGAAAAGAGUAAUCGGAGAUUUACCUUACGGUUGGGAACUGACAGUGUCGGAUCAAGGACUGAUAGUCUACGUUGAUCAUAUAAAUCAGAAAACCACCUUCACGGACCCUAGAUUAGCAUUUGCAAUUGAAGAUGAUUCUUAUAAAUUUGUACCUUUAAAAUGUCGAUUUGACUCAAGUACGACUACAUUACAACUUCUUCAUGGAAAAGACCUAACGGGAAAAUAUAUAAUAGUUACUGGAGCUAGUUCUGGAUUAGGAUAUGAAACAGCUAAAUCAUUAGCUCUUCAUGGCGCUCACGUGACUAUGGGCUGUAGAGAUGUUAAAAAAGCUGAAUUAAUAGCUUCUAAAAUGAUUGACAACAGCUCCAAAGUUAAAUUGAAUAUUUACGUUAAACAUUUGGAUUUGAAUGAUUUGAAAAGCGUAAAAUGUUUUGCGCAGGAAUAUAUUUCUCAGGGCUGGCCUUUAAACGUUCUUAUCCUUAAUGCUGGCGAAAUGUUUCCUCCAUUCCAAAAAACUGUUGACGGGUUUGAAAGAACAUUUCAAUCACAUUAUUUGGGUCAUUUCUAUCUGUGCAAAUUUCUUGAAAAUCUUUUAGUUGCUUCAGGCUACAAUAGCUCUGAAAAUUCUCGUAUUGUUGCUGUUACAUGCGAAGCUCAUUGGCAAUCGAAGAUUCAAAAUGCAUCAGAUAUUAUCGCUAAUACUCUAAAUCCCCAAGCGUCUGGCUAUUGCCCCUUAGAAGCCUAUUGUAAUGCAAAUCUGUGCAAGCUACUUUUAGUAAAAGAACUUAAUAGGAGAAUGGAUAAGAAGAGGGUAUCUAUAAAUAUAAUUAUAAAUAUUAUAAAAUAAUAACAAUAUUUUGUUUGCUACAAUUUUUCUGUGAAUACAGAGACAGGUAUAUGCCCUAUAUCUAUCUAUAUAGUUUAUAUGUUCGUGACUUGUUUACUAAUUAAAAAGCCUUUCUUGUAGUAUUCAUUUCUUAGAUAGAUUAAGAUGGUUAUUCCGCUAUGUACAACUUUCCUUUGCAUCCUGAAUUAUAUUUUGUGUAAUAAAGUGAUUUUUUUAUUCGCUUAGGUUAUUUGUCACGCAGUGCAUCCUGGAAACAUGAUAUAUACCUCUAUAUUUCGUCACUCCUGGUGGUUAAUGCUAGCUUACACCCUCUGCAGACCUUUUACUAAAUCGAAAGAGCAGGGUGCUGCUACUAUUGUUUAUGCAGCCACAUCGAGGCAGGCUAGUAGAUUACUUAAUUUCUUACGUCAAUUAACUCAUUUAUGGAAAAUGCGAGUAGGUGGGCGUAAUCGGCGGAUGCUACUUCAUGAACUGUUCUGAAUGUCAGCCUAGUUUGGCUGCACAAAGUGAUAUUUUAGCCAAGGAGUUGUGGUCUUUGGGGGAAUUGAUGAUACAGAAAGCUGCUACUUUGAACGACUUAAACUUACGCUGCAAACAGCUGACUGAUGCAGAGCAACCAAACGAAGCCCCGACCGAGUUUGCCAUAUGCUAAUGAGGAACUGACGCGUCUGUUUGCCGUGUCUCCCAGGUAUUCCUGUAAUUCUCGUUUGACGUCAGUAAUUUGCAUUGACGUCACAAGUAACGCCCUACAAUCUACAGAGGUCAUGCUACAUAAUUUUUUUAUGUAUAAGUAGUUUCUAUAGCAAUUACUAUUCUCUAUAAAUUGCGUGGGCACAUGUUGCAUUUAUGACGAUCGACUAUUUGCGAUAGAGUAAUUUCCUAUCAUUCAAUAAAUUAAUAGCUAAAUUCUGGAAAUUUCGCGGAUACUUGUUUGUAGGGAUGCCUAAAUAUGACGUCAUUGGAAGAUACAAAUAGAACAAAAAAUUGAUUAGUGGAAGCCGCGCAUUCACCCUUUCGUCCGUUUUCUUUGAAUAUGAAUAUAUAUAUGGUACAUAUAUAUGAAUAUAUAUAUUUAUAGAUAUACAU